CAUAAACAAUUUAUGGAAAGUAAAAAUCAAAAUUUUGAUGAAAAUUUGUAUAUGACAAAUCUAGCUUAUAAAAACUGGAUAGAAGAUUCGAUGCAAAAAGAAGAAAUGAAAAAAAUUAAAAAUUUUAUGCAAAAUAAAGGUCUAAAGUUUGAAGAAAGUUUGUAUAUGUCCAGCCUUGCCUAUAGAAACGCGUUAUACAGAAUGAUGCAAAAUGAUGUUGAUUUAGCACUGAGUAUCUCGAGCUCAAGAGACUUCAGCAAUGCUUUGCCUCAAGCUGGUCACGCAAACCGUGAUCAGCAUCCUUCCUUUCAACAGCAACAAGUAAGAAAUGUCAAUACACAUCGAGAACUUUAUCCUGCCCUUCAAUGGCAACUAGGAACAACCGUCAAUACUCAGCGUGAACAGCAUCCGGCACUUCAACAGCAACAAGAAAGUUUUGUCAAUCCUCAUCAGUAUAUACAAAAUCUGGGUUCUACACAGGGACAGGAAAACUCGGGAAUUGGUUCGAAAUCAAUAAAUCAACCAUCUGUUUUGAACAAAACAGCACAUCAAUAUGGUGAUUAUCUUCGAGGGCAAAAUCCACAAAAUUUUUCCCAACAAACUCAUAAUCAAAAUUUAAACCAACAAAAUGUUCAACACGCACCUAAUGUUUCAAUUAAUAAUGUUCAACCUGCGAAUCAACAAUCAAAUUCGGAUGAUUAUAUUAGAUCUUUAGGUGAUAUUAUAUGUAUUAGUUAUUAUGGUGAUUAUCUUAUACAACCUCGAGGAAAAAUCCCAAAUUAUGAUCCCAAUUUAUAA